AUGUUAUUUUCAAUAAUAAUAUUACUUUAUCUCAUUCAACCAAGUUAUCAAGUUGUCUAUGCAUGUAAUUCCAAAGCUGUGUGUGGAUGUUCAUUGAAUCCAGUAUCAAUAACUCGUAUUGUAGGUGGAGAAAAUGCUAGCGAGGCAAGUUGGGGAUGGGCUGUUUCAAUCUCUAUUAAUGAGACUUUUCUAUGUGGUGGAUCAAUUUUAUCGAGCUCAUGGAUUAUCACAGCAGCACAUUGUGUAGAAAAUUUCAAAGCAUCUCAAUUUAUUAUCUAUGCAGGAUCGACUCUUCUAUGGUCUGGCACUCAAACUCGAACUGUAUCAAAAAUUCUUGUACAUCCGAGAUAUAAUUCGAGUGUCUAUGUGAAUGAUAUUGCUUUAUUAAAAUUUUCCUCUCCGUUGUAUAUGAGUGAUCCACGUGCGAUUACCGUGCAAACAGUAGAUUAUCGAGCAUCGACUUGUAAUAAAACGAUGACUGAUUGGCAUGUACAAUUUUGUGCUGGUGUAUCAGGUGGUGAUACUUGUCAAGGUGAUUCAGGUGGUCCAUUGAUGAUGUUUAAUGAAAGCAAUCAAUGGGUAUUGGUCGGUCUGACGAGUAGUGGUAUUGGUUGUGCACGAGCUGCAUAUUCGGGAAUGUAUACUCGUGUAGCUGCUUAUGAAAGUUGGAUAAGAUCAAAUAUAAAUGACUCUUAUUGGUUCGUGAUACUUUCACAUGCACAUUCAAUGAAAUCAUCAAUUUAUAGUUUAUUAUUUUUCGUAUGGCUUUCUUUUUUGUUAAAUUACACUCCUGAAUGA